GUACGUAAACAAUAUCAGCAAAGGUACAAGUUAUUGGUCAAAUUUGAAACACUUUGAUCCGAUGACUUUCUUUUAAGGCUUAUGGCCCAAUCCAAUGACGCGGUUGAAUCUUUGGACAAGGAGAUGUGAGGAGUAUUAUAAAUACACAACUUCCAUGAAAAGAAGACAUAUCAAGUCACAUUAUCCUCUCUUUUAAACUUCCUUAAAAGUUCAUAGUUUUUCUAAAGCUCUUAAAUCCUCUCUCUCUCUCUCUCUCUCUCUCUCUCUCUCUCCUUACCUGCAUCUUUAUCCCAAUGGGCUCAACAAAUGUACCCCUACAACCUCCAACUUAUGGAAACCUAAUCACUGUUCUCAGCAUUGAUGGUGGUGGAAUAAGAGGGGUUAUCCCAGGAUCUAUCCUUAGUUUUUUAGAAUCUGAACUUCAGAAACUGGAUGGUGAAGUUGCAAGAAUAGCAGAUUAUUUUGAUGUUAUCUCAGGAACAAGCACAGGUGGUCUUGUCACCACCAUGCUAGCUGCUCGAGAUGAAAAUAACCGACCUGUCUUUGCUGCCAAGGAUAUCAAGGAUAUAUACCUAAACCAGUGCCCUCUUGUCCAGUACUUCCUUAUCUUACAAAGAUUAUCAAAGCUCUAGCUGGACCAAAGUAUGAUGGGAAAUAUCUGCAUAACC